UGAGGUCCUGUGAACCCCUCUUGGAGCGGACCUGUGCUCAUUCCAUGAACUGCUUCGAUUCUGUUGUCGCGAGCGCAGUGGGUGAUGAUUUACCUCAGGGUUCUUCAUUUCUUUAUUUCUCCUUCAGUCAUGUUGACUUUUUUAGUUGCAUUUGUCGGUUGAGAUUUGUUGAUGGAAUAUAAACCAAAACUACAUAAGAAGAUAAGGGGAAAAGGAGAAGAAUAAAGCAGGGACGAGAUUAUUUACAAAUACAGUGUCUAUGCAGAAUAUAUUCGGGAACUGGCAUGUGGGCCUAGUGAGGAUGUAGGUAAAGCAAGAAGCACAAAAAGCUUUCUAAAUCAGUUUUAGAUUGGAAUAUUUGUGGUGAACUUUGUGAUUCCAGUGCUGAUUUCUUGGUUGGUCACAGGCGGACGUUGUUGUCACAGACACGAUGGCUUUUCCUGGGAGGAAAAUAUAUAUAUAUCAUGAUUUAAGCAUCAGGGAUAAAAGUCCCGCUUCGCUGUGAACUCCUAAAAGCAAAAGUAUCAAUAGAUUCUUUUUCUCACUCACUAUUUUCCAGUGAAUGAUAUGAAUGAGAAAUUCAACAUAGGAUUAGGAUUAGACAGCAGACAGUGGACGUGACUCAGCCAGGGAGUGAACUGAGAGAUGGUCUACAAGGCGGUGGUGAUGGUGUUAUUGCUAUGAAAGUAGAAGCUGUGGAAGCUGAUGUGUUUGAGCCGUGCGUACAGAUGAGGAGGGAGGUGUUCAAGGCCAAACACAGACAGACUGGCAAGAAAGUAGCGCUGAAGAAGGUGCUCAUGGAAAAUGAGAAAGAAGGGUUUCCCAUCACAGCACUGAGGGAAAUCAAGAUCCUGCAGCUGCUAAAGCACGAGAACGUCGUAAAUCUGAUCGAGAUCUGUCGAACAAAAGCCACCCAGUUUAACCGUUACAAGGGCAGCAUAUACCUGGUGUUUGAUUUCUGUGAGCACGAUCUGGCUGGCCUACUAAGCAACGCCAAUGUUAAGUUCACGCUGUCGGAGAUUAAAAAGGUCAUGCAGAUGCUGCUGAAUGGACUCUACUACAUCCACAGAAACAAGAUCCUGCACAGAGACAUGAAAGCAGCAAACGUGCUCAUCACAAGGGAUGGAGUGCUGAAACUGGCUGAUUUUGGCCUGGCAAGAGCCUUCAGCCUGGCAAAGAACAGCCAGGGCAAUCGCUACACCAACCGAGUAGUGACCCUGUGGUACCGACCUCCAGAGCUCCUGCUGGGAGAGCGUGAUUACGGGCCACCCAUCGAUCUGUGGGGUGCAGGGUGUAUCAUGGCGGAAAUGUGGACGAGGAGCCCCAUCAUGCAGGGAAACACAGAACAGCACCAACUCACUCUGAUCAGCCAGCUGUGUGGAUCCAUUACUGCGGAAGUGUGGCCCGGUGUGGAUAAAAAAUAUGAGUUGUACCAGAAGAUGGAGUUACCCAAAGGACAGAAGCGAAAGGUAAAAGAGCGUCUGAAGGCGUAUGUUAAAGAUCCAUACGCUCUGGAUCUGAUCGAUAAGCUGCUGGUGCUGGACCCAGCGCAGCGUGUGGACAGUGACGACGCUCUCAACCACGACUUCUUCUGGUCUGAUCCCAUGCCCUCUGACCUCAAACACAUGCUCUCCACACACAACACGUCCAUGUUUGAAUACCUGGCCCCCCCGCGGCGCCGUGGUCACAUGCCCCAACAGCCAGCCAAUCAGAACCGCAACCCAGCUACAGCCAGCCAGUCUGAGUUCGAUCGUGUUUUCUGAUUUCGCCGAUGUCACAGACUUUAUUUCUCACUCAUAAUUUAGUAAGGGGAACAAGAUUUAUGGGCUCAAACUGAGAUGAGCAAAGUGCAUUUAAUUCAACUAUCAUGUUCAUUUUGCAUCAUUUUGGACUUGUGGAAUGAAACACUGCUCAGAGGUCAAGGUUCACCGUGUGUGUUGGCUGAAGUGGGAGCAGUUCACUGGGAAAUGAUUUGCAUGUUAAGUCAGAAAAGAUAAAAACAUAAAAAAAGAUUACACGGUCUACGUUUGAGACGGUAUGUCUUGCACGCUUCUGUUUAAGUUCCAGUUUUCCUGUAUUCUGACUUGGGCAGAACUUUGUAUUAUUUUAGCUGAAUGUUAUGUUUAGAAUUUCUGUAGUUAUUUAUCGUAUGGUUUGCACCCUCUGUAUGUUCAUGUUUAUUACUUUUGUAAAAAUCGACAGUGUUUUUGGUUUUUGAGGUACUCGACUGGAAACACCAAUAAACCUCUAACCUUUUA